GAGAGAGGGAGGGAGGAACGGGCGAGAAAAGUGCACGGCGCCCCAGGCGAGGUCCGCACUCCUCGUCCCCGCGGCUGGCGCAGGACCUCACUCGAGCGGAGCGCCCACGGGGAGCGGGUCGCGGGGCGGCGGCGGCGAGGAGGAGGCGAGAAGGAGUUGGAGGAGGCGAGGGCGAGCGAGCCGAGCGGGGUCCGGGCCGCCCCGCGGGCCAAGGUCGAGCCCUCCCGCCCGUGGUGGGCGAGCGCGCCAGCCGACCCCUGCCAGAGAGCCACCGCCACAAAGAGAACUGGCCGGCGCCUGCUCCCCAUGACUUCCUGAAGUUGUGCCGUCCCCGCCGAGUCCGCUGCCCCGGCCGUGCCCCGCGCGCCCGUGCGUCCCCGCGCGCCCCGACCCGCGCCCCGCCGGCAUGGACGUCCACACCCGCUGGAAAGCGCGCAGCCCGCUCCGCCCGGGCGCCCCGCUGCUGUCCCCGCUGCUGCUGCUGCUGCUGCUGUGGGCGCCGCCUCCGAGCCGCGCAGCUCAGCCAGCAGAUCUCCUGAAGGUUCUAGAUUUUCACAACUUGCCUGAUGGAAUAACAAAGACGACAGGUUUCUGUGCAACGAGACGAUCUUCCAAAGGCCCGGAUGUUGCCUACAGGGUCACAAAAGAUGCUCAGCUCAGUGCACCCACCAAGCAGCUGUACCCUGCAUCUGCAUUUCCUGAGGAUUUCUCCAUUCUAACCACUGUGAAAGCCAAGAAAGGCAGCCAGGCCUUCCUGGUCUCCAUUUACAACGAGCAGGGCAUCCAGCAGAUCGGCCUGGAGAUGGGCCGCUCUCCCGUCUUCCUCUACGAAGACCACACAGGGAAACCAGGGCCGGAGGACUAUCCUCUCUUCAGGGGCAUCAACCUGUCAGAUGGCAAGUGGCACAGAAUUGCUCUCAGUGUCCACAAGAAAAAUGUCACCUUGAUCCUGGACUGCAAAAAGAAGACCACCAAAUUCCUGGACCGCAGUGACCACCCCAUGAUAGACGUCAACGGCAUCAUCGUGUUCGGCACCCGGAUUCUGGAUGAGGAAGUGUUUGAGGGUGAUAUCCAGCAGCUGCUCUUCGUCUCAGACCACCGGGCAGCUUAUGAUUACUGCGAGCACUACAGCCCCGACUGUGACACUGCAGUCCCCGACACCCCCCAGUCGCAGGACCCCAACCCAGAUGAAUAUUACCCGGAAGGAGAGAAUGAAGGCGAGACCUAUUACUACGAGUAUCCCUACUAUGAGGACACGGAAGACGUGAGCAAGGAGCCCCCCCCAACCAAGACGCCUGUGGAAGCUGCUAGAGAGACCACAGAGAUUGCCGAGGAGCUGACGCUGCCCCCCACGGAAGCCGCUCCGGUGACCGACGCCAGCGAGGGGCCUGGGAAGGAGGACGACGUGGGCAUAGAGGACUAUGACUAUGUGCCCAGCGAGGACUACUACACGCCGCCCCCUUACGAGGACCUCAACUACGGCGAGGGCCUGGAGAACCCUGACGAGAACCCCGACCAGCUGCCUGAACCCAGGGCCGAGGUUCCCACCAGCACCGUCAGCACCUCCAACGGCUCCAACCCAGCUCCGCCUCCAGAGGAAGGGAGAGAUGACCUGGAGGGUGAGUUCACCGAGGAAACCAUCAAGAACCUGGACGAAAACUACUACGACCCUUACUACGACCCCACCGUCUCCCCGUCGGAGAUCGGGCCGGGCAUGCCUGCAAACCAGGACACCAUCUACGAAGGGAUUGGAGGACCACGGGGCGAGAAAGGUCAGAAAGGAGAGCCUGCUAUCAUCGAACCAGGUAUGCUCCUCGAGGGGCCGCCGGGCCCAGAAGGACCUGCGGGUCUCCCAGGACCUCCAGGAACAACAGGUCCCACUGGCCAAGUGGGUGACCCUGGAGAAAGGGGUCCCCCUGGACGCCCAGGCCUUCCGGGUGCUGAUGGGCUACCCGGCCCUCCUGGAACCAUGCUCAUGCUGCCUUUCCGCUUCGGAGGGGGCGGCGAUGCGGGCUCCAAAGGCCCCAUGGUCUCAGCCCAGGAGUCCCAAGCUCAAGCCAUUCUGCAGCAGGCCCGGUUGGCAUUGAGGGGGCCGGCUGGCCCGAUGGGUCUUACGGGGAGACCCGGCCCCAUGGGCCCCCCCGGGAGUGGAGGCUUGAAGGGCGAGCCAGGAGACAUGGGGCCUCAGGGUCCCCGUGGUGUGCAGGGCCCACCUGGCCCGGCGGGAAAGCCCGGAAGAAGGGGGCGGGCUGGGAGUGAUGGAGCAAGAGGGAUGCCUGGACAAACUGGCCCCAAGGGUGACCGCGGCUUCGACGGCCUGGCUGGGUUGCCGGGAGAGAAGGGCCACAGGGGUGACCCUGGCCCCUCUGGCCCGCCAGGACCUCCAGGAGACGACGGAGAAAGGGGUGACGAUGGAGAAGUCGGGCCCAGAGGGCUGCCCGGGGAACCUGGGCCGCGUGGUCUGCUGGGGCCGAAAGGGCCCCCGGGCCCUCCUGGACCUCCCGGUGUGACGGGUAUGGAUGGCCAACCAGGUCUGAAAGGAAACGUGGGUCCUCAGGGAGAGCCCGGCCCCCCGGGACAGCAGGGUAAUCCCGGUGCCCAGGGUCUUCCAGGCCCCCAGGGUGCGAUCGGUCCUCCUGGAGAAAAGGGUCCGCUGGGUAAACCAGGCCUCCCAGGAAUGCCUGGCGCUGACGGGCCCCCGGGGCACCCUGGCAAAGAAGGCCCUCCAGGAGAGAAAGGAGGCCAGGGUCCGCCUGGCCCCCAGGGCCCAAUCGGCUACCCGGGUCCUCGAGGUGUCAAGGGGGCAGAUGGCAUCCGUGGUCUGAAGGGCACCAAGGGCGAGAAGGGUGAAGACGGCUUUCCUGGGUUUAAAGGAGACAUGGGCAUCAAGGGCGAUCGGGGGGAGAUUGGCCCACCUGGUCCCAGAGGGGAAGAUGGCCCCGAAGGCCCGAAGGGUCGUGGAGGUCCGAAUGGCGAUCCCGGUCCACUGGGCCCCCCAGGGGAGAAGGGGAAACUCGGAGUCCCAGGAUUACCCGGGUACCCGGGAAGACAAGGGCCAAAGGGUUCUAUUGGAUUUCCUGGAUUUCCCGGUGCCAACGGAGAGAAGGGUGGCAGGGGCACACCUGGGAAGCCCGGACCACGGGGACAACGAGGCCCAACGGGUCCGCGGGGUGAAAGAGGCCCCCGGGGCAUCACUGGGAAGCCUGGCCCCAAGGGCAACUCUGGAGGUGAUGGUCCGGCCGGCCCUCCAGGUGAACGGGGACCCAACGGACCCCAAGGACCCACGGGGUUUCCUGGACCAAAGGGCCCCCCUGGUCCUCCGGGCAAGGAUGGGCUGCCGGGACACCCUGGACAGAGAGGCGAGACCGGUUUCCAAGGCAAGACCGGCCCUCCGGGCCCCCCGGGUGUGGUCGGCCCGCAGGGUCCCACGGGAGAAACUGGUCCAAUGGGUGAACGUGGCCACCCUGGGCCCCCGGGCCCCCCUGGUGAACAGGGGCUCCCAGGCGUUGCCGGAAAAGAAGGGACAAAGGGUGACCCGGGCCCCGCUGGCCUCCCUGGGAAAGAUGGCCCUCCAGGAUUACGCGGCUUCCCCGGGGACCGAGGGCUUCCUGGUCCAGUGGGAGCGCUUGGACUGAAAGGCAACGAAGGCCCCCCAGGCCCACCAGGCCCCGCGGGGUCUCCAGGGGAGAGAGGUCCAGCCGGUGCUGCUGGGCCCAUCGGAAUUCCAGGGAGACCUGGGCCCCAGGGACCUCCAGGGCCAGCUGGGGAGAAAGGAGCUCCUGGCGAGAAAGGUCCCCAAGGCCCAGCCGGCCGAGAUGGUCUCCAGGGUCCUGUGGGGCUCCCUGGUCCAGCGGGCCCUGUGGGCCCCCCUGGAGAAGAUGGAGAUAAGGGAGAGAUCGGGGAGCCGGGACAGAAGGGCAGCAAGGGGGACAAAGGCGAGCAGGGUCCACCUGGGCCUACCGGUCCCCAAGGCCCCAUCGGACAGCCAGGCCCCUCCGGAGCUGACGGAGAGCCAGGUCCUCGUGGACAGCAGGGCCUUUUCGGGCAGAAAGGUGACGAAGGUCCGAGAGGUUUUCCUGGCCCCCCCGGGCCCGUGGGGCUGCAGGGUCUGCCGGGACCUCCAGGAGAGAAGGGAGAGACUGGAGACGUGGGUCAGAUGGGCCCUCCAGGUCCCCCUGGCCCCCGAGGACCCUCUGGAGCUCCAGGUGCUGAUGGGCCACAAGGUCCCCCAGGUGGAAUAGGCAAUCCUGGUGCAGUGGGAGAGAAGGGUGAGCCUGGUGAAGCUGGUGAACCUGGCCUUCCCGGAGAAGGAGGCCUCCCGGGACCCAAAGGAGAAAGGGGAGAGAAGGGCGAGUCAGGCCCUUCUGGUGCUGCUGGACCCCCUGGACCCAAAGGCCCUCCUGGAGACGACGGUCCCAAAGGCAGCCCCGGCCCGGUCGGUUUUCCCGGAGAUCCCGGUCCCCCCGGAGAGCCUGGCCCUGCGGGUCAAGAUGGUCCCCCUGGUGACAAAGGAGACGAUGGCGAGCCAGGGCAGACGGGAUCGCCGGGCCCCACUGGUGAACCAGGUCCGUCUGGGCCUCCAGGAAAAAGGGGUCCCCCCGGCCCCGCGGGCCCCGAAGGCAGACAGGGAGAGAAAGGAGCCAAGGGAGAAGCUGGCUUGGAAGGCCCUCCUGGGAAGACUGGCCCCAUCGGCCCCCAGGGGGCCCCUGGGAAGCCUGGGCCCGAUGGCCUUCGAGGGAUCCCCGGCCCUGUGGGUGAACAAGGUCUCCCGGGAUCCCCAGGCCCCGACGGUCCCCCCGGCCCCAUGGGUCCCCCAGGACUCCCCGGCCUCAAAGGAGAUUCUGGCCCCAAAGGGGAAAAGGGUCAUCCAGGCUUGAUCGGACUCAUCGGACCUCCGGGUGAACAGGGUGAAAAGGGUGACCGUGGUCUCCCGGGUCCCCAGGGCUCCUCCGGCCCCAAGGGAGAACAGGGUAUCACUGGUCCUUCUGGCCCGAUCGGACCCCCGGGCCCUCCCGGCUUGCCGGGUCCUCCUGGUCCAAAAGGUGCUAAGGGCUCCUCGGGUCCAACUGGUCCGAAGGGUGAGGCAGGCCACCCAGGACCCCCUGGCCCGCCGGGCCCCCCGGGCGAGGUCAUCCAGCCUCUGCCGAUCCAGGCGUCCAGGACCCGGCGGAACAUCGACGCCAGCCAGAUGCUGGACGACGGGGACGGCGAGAACUACAUGGACUACGCGGACGGCAUGGAGGAGAUCUUCGGCUCACUCAACUCCCUGAAGCUGGAGAUCGAGCAGAUGAAGCGGCCGUUGGGCACGCAGCAGAACCCCGCCCGCACCUGCAAGGACCUGCAGCUGUGCCACCCCGACUUCCCAGACGGUGAAUACUGGGUGGACCCCAACCAGGGCUGCUCCCGGGAUUCCUUCAAAGUGUACUGCAACUUCACGGCGGGAGGGGCGACCUGCGUCUUCCCCGACAAGAAGUCUGAGGGGGCCAGAAUCACUUCUUGGCCCAAAGAAAACCCAGGUUCCUGGUUCAGUGAAUUCAAGCGUGGUAAACUGCUCUCCUAUGUGGACGCGGAGGGCAACCCGGUGGGUGUGGUCCAGAUGACCUUCCUGCGGCUGCUGAGCGCCUCUGCACACCAGAACAUCACCUACAACUGCUACCAGUCGGUCGCCUGGCAGGACGCCGCCACGGGCAGCUACGACAAGGCCAUGCGCUUCCUGGGCUCCAACGACGAGGAGAUGUCCUUUGACAACAGCCCCUACAUCCGUGCCCUGGUGGACGGCUGUGCUACAAGGAAAGGGUAUCAGAAGACCGUUCUGGAAAUCGACACUCCCAAGGUGGAGCAAGUGCCCAUCGUGGACAUCAUGUUCAACGACUUCGGUGAAGCAUCACAGAAAUUCGGAUUCGAAGUGGGGCCGGCUUGCUUCCUGGGCUAGGAGCCGCGAGCCCGGCCCCCAAGAGCAACCUCGUGACCUCAGCGCGCCGUCUGUGGGUGUCCUGGACAGUGAAGGCCCCUCGUCCCUCCCCCGCCCUCGUCUGCGCCUCGGCACCGUGCCGUGCCAGACCCCCAACCCAGAGAGAGCAAAGGGAACGAGCCGUGUCCCCCACCCCGGAGCCGAAUCACAUGACCUAGACGUCCCACAGCCGCGGGGCCGGAAUGCCACCACCCCCGUUCCGUCUACACCACACUCCACAGGGAAGGAACGGGGCCCACACUUCUUGCCACGGAGCUCGCCAGCCGCGUUCGUGGAGAGUUCGCAGGGCGGGGGUGGGGCUGCAAUAUUGAGAGAUCAUUUUUCUUUAAUUCAACUUGAAGAUGUGUAUUUCCCCUGACCUUCAAAAAUGUUCUGAGUCAAGCCUUGUAAAGGUCAUCCCCGCCCUGCCAGAGCCUCGUUCUCAACAUCCAUUCGCAGGCCCAAUGUCGCUCUGCAUGUGCCUUUCCGAUGGAUUAAAGGUGCUUUUGUUUUGUGAGUUUUAAGUAAAUAUUUGUAUUGUAUUGUCAUAAAUGUUCAGUGUCCCUGACUUUCAAUCAUGCAUGUCAACCCAGCCUCAGUCCCACCGGGAGAAUGGGAUGUGGCGUCCAUUCUGGGAUGCGGUCCAGUUCUGGCUAGAAAGGGGAAGCCCCGCUGCCACCCUGCUCAAGAAUGUGCAACAAAUUGGAAAUUUACCCAGGGCAGCAAGAAUUCACGCCGCCCCUGAAGAAGCAGGUUCCAGUGCCCUCUUACAGACAAUUUUUUGAUUAGCUCUGGAUUUUUUUUUUUUAAUGUGGAGGAAAAAAAGGAUCUUAUACUUUGCCUUUUCUACAUGCACUUAGAUGAAAACACAGGCUUAAAUCAAUUUUAAUUGCUUCCUUUUUCCAUUUUUCUUCCUGCAGAGCCUGAUGGGAGAAUGUCCAGGGCAGGGAAACCACAUUUUCUGUAGACGAUAAUUAAAUGAAAAUUGGUGCUUAUUUUUACACUUCUCUUUUGUGGUGCUAUCUGUUUUAAGAUCUCCUUGAAGGCGACACUGGGGGUACCUGGCCGUGCCUCAUUCUCCCACCUUUCUCGAUCCAGGUUUUUGCCAAGGACGUUAAGAUAAAUGCACGUCGCCUUCCUUCCCACUGGCCCGCUCGCUCUUGCACCCCUAGAUCGCAGCGAGGCCGCCUCGAAGCCUGUUAGCAGUAUUAGGGCGCACUUCUGUGAUUUGAAAACACACACGCAAAGUACAAAGACGCUUCCCACAUUGUCCACGGUGUGACGAUGGCAGGUUGUAUUCGGUGGCUGAAUGUCUGUGGUGCUAAUUUCUGUGUUUGUUCCAAGAACUGAACUGAGGCCGCGUGUGCUGUCUCUGCUGGGCUCCUUUGACGCGGCCUCGGCAGACAGAGAAAUGUGCAAUGAACUCUGGGCCUCUCGGGCCUACCAGCAGCACUUCCUUCCCAGGUCAACAAUUUGGAUUUCCAUCCGCCAACAUCCUGGGCUCGGGUCUCAGCCGCCCCGGAGCUGAGGGCCAGCGCGGCUCCGUCUGGGUGUCAUUCCUUCUCCUUGAGCAAUGGCGAGGGGAUGCCCUCCGUGGGCGGAGGACCAGAGGGGCCGACAAGGAAAGGCCAACCCUUUACUGUGAAAAGCUGCCCCGGUCGAUGCCCUUUCCUUCCACGAUGGGAGAAGUAAGUUGGGCCCCCCACGGCCCUCGGGAGGAGCUGUGACAAGUCACAGUUCUGGUGCUGUCCUCCACCCGCCCCACCCCAUUGGAACGUUGUUCCAGCUUAAGAAACCACAGCAAAGCAACCCAGGAGCGACAAACACCACCCACAAGGAUUUCCCAAAUUCCCGUGGAAAUUGUAUCUCGUUCUUGCCAAAGAAAAGUCUGGCUUCGAGACUCUCUCCAGCCAGGAUGCCAGCGUGCGCCAACGACUUCCACCUUCAUCUCUUCAAAAGAAAAGCCAUAUCCGGGGAUGGCCCGGGUGCCCUGUGGGCUUUGUCUAGGUCAUGUGAUUCUGUUUUGAUUUCUCACCCCUCCUGAGUUCUCCUCCUCUUCUGUCUUCUUCCUCCGUUGGUCCCUUCAAAGCUGUUGCAAUUUGUACUGAAGUCAAAACGUGUCCCGUUCUCCCCAGACCACUUAGCUACGGUAUAUUUGCAAUAAAAUUACUUCUUAUAUUUGCAGAAAUUCUUUUGGCGUAAUUUUAUUUUUUCCUCCUAAUAGAUAUAAUUGGACACAUGUUGAAAGGAAAGAAAAAGAAAACAGGAAACAGAAAACCUGUGAUAAAAAGAUUCUAGGACAUUAGGCCCUUCAAAAGAGAAUGUCAGAUGACCCCUUGUACAUUUCCUAAAAGUCCAAUAGACACAUUCAUAAGUUUUAACUGUAAUGCCCAGGAAAGGGUGUUUUAAAAUAUUUUAAACCUGUGUAACAGAGGAAUAAUUGUAAUAGUUUUUCAAUAAAUCGAGUUUACUGUUUCCACCGUAAA